GCGCGUGUCGCGGUGCGCCGAGUUAAUCUUUGCCGUAUCAGUGACCGUCAGUUCUCCAAUCGAGAAGGUAGUGGGCAAAACGUCGCGGGGUUUUAAUACACGUACACACACAAGGAACGCACACCGCGGUGUGUGCGUGUGUGUGCACGCUGACGGUUUUUUAACAUAUACAAAUAUAUAUCUAUAUACGUAUAGAUGGACAUAUAUAAAUAUAUAUAAAAAUACAUGCAUGUGCGUAAAUGUAUAUUUAUUUUUUUUUCUCUCGUGUUAAAUUUCGACGGACAGUCGGGCGUUGUGCGACCGUUUAGGGGCGAGUGUGUAGGGCGACCGGGGGGGGAGGGGGAGGACGAAGAGGAGCAGUAAGUAGAGCCCCGUCGUUGUGCGCUCCGUUUAACGGUUGUGUAUCGCGUGUGCCACACAUGCCACAAUCUGUAUUUUUUCUUCUCAAACAUACACACUCACGCACUCUCUUUUUCGUUCGUUCACUUUUUCGCUCUCUCAUCAUCCACGUUUGUAUGGAUUUUACGUACGUAUAUGUAUAUCCGCGUGUUUUUUAAAAUUAUAAUCACCAACGGAGAACCCAAUACGCGGGUCACUUGAAAAUUCCCAGAAACGGGGAAAAUUUCACCUACAUUUUUGUUCCUUUUGGCCCUCAUUUCGUCCAAUGUUCCGAAAAGAUUUCGUUGCCAAGUAAUCUGGCAGUUUCGCGAGGAGAUUAAAGUGGAUCGCGGAGUGCGUUGCGGGUGAAAAAAAUAAAAAAAAAGAAAACCGAGCGAGAAAAAAGCCGCCGCGUGUGCAUGCGUCUUGUAGUGAGGAAGCGCGCGUUCGGAAGUGGGAGAAAAGGGGUCGUCGUCGUGUGCGUGCUCGUAUGCAAUAAGGAAAAAGAGCGUGCCGUUUGUUGCGGCACGCGCGAUCCAUCACAGUCGUGUGCUGCGCGUAUUAACAGUGACGAUGAUUUUUAUUUCGUCGAUUCGAAAUUGUACUUGUUGAAGGAAGCAAAGUCGAAGAAAAUAGUAAAAGAAUAGACAUUUUUCUAUAUUUCCUUUUGGGUUUCUAUGCUACCGCGCUACCAGGGUUCGAUUAUAUCGCGUUGAACGCGCGCGAGAACGUUUUUAUCGUUGCGAUACGGGAAAGCGCAGCUCGUGCGUUUUACAGCGCGAACUCGCGCGUGUCGCUCCGUGUGUGCAAGUGCGCGCCACCUCGCGUGUGUUACUCUCUUUUUAUUCUAUUUUCUCUCUCCCUCUCGUUCUUUCGAUCUUUUACCCGCUCCCCAGCCAAUUUUUUCUUCAAUUUCGCGUAUUAUCGUUCAUGCCAACCGAGUUUUUUCGCGCUAUACUGUCCGAUCGUGUUUCCCGUGCUUAGUGCGUUCUUCAGACUCUGACAUCAUGGCGAAUCCACGAAAAUUCAGUGAAAAAAUCGCUCUCCUCAACCAGAAACAGGCUGAAGAGACCGCUGCUUUCGAAGCCAUUAUGCGCGAGGUUUCCGAUGUCACAAGCCGAGUGGCAUCGGCGAGCAGCUCGGUCGGGGCUAGCCCGACGGGAACCGGAGUGCCGGAGGCUCCGCUGUCGGUCAAGAGUGCGGGUGCGAGUCCACCACAGUCGAGCGACAAGCAUCUUCACAUUAAUCUGGGAAAUCAGUACAAAGGUGGAGGUUCCUUGCCGAACGUAAACAACAACGCAAACAGCCGGGAGGACGCGAAAGAUCCGUCCUGCGUUUCGUCAAACACGGUCGCAAUCCACUCUAUCGAUCUUAAGACGGCUCUGAGUACGCUCGAAGAGAUGCAGCACAAUCCGAUGAUGUACAGAAGCAACGAGAGAGGCCGGAACAUGGGAGUCGGACCGAUGCGACCGAGACCCAUGGAAAAGAGACACGACACGUCCCCGUACAGCGGAGCGCCUUAUCUUUCCCCACCGUUGCCCGAUACGUGGCGAAGAACCAACUCCGAUUCGGCGUUACAUCAGAGCGCGAACGAGGCCUGUCAAGCGGCCAAUGCCAUGCCUCACCGACGAGGUAGCGACGCAUAUCAACACGCGAUGGGCAACACGGUCGGUGAGAAUCGCGAUGGUCAUCACGGUUUCAUCGAACGACCGAGAUCUUCCUGCGAAAUGCCCAGAGUACCUGGAAUCUAUAUACAUCCGAGCUCGCAAUCACCGGAGCAACAGAUACCGAUAGGCAACAAUACUGGUUCAUUACCGGAUCUGAGCAACGUCCAUUUUCCAACGCCUCUACACGGGGCACUCGACCACGAGGAUCACUCGAGCAGUACGCAGUACAGCAACAGUCCUCAAACGAGCAGUCCUACGACCUUGUCGCCGACCAGCUUAGCUCAAGCUGGAAGGCUUUCCUUUUCACAGGAUCACAGCCCACCGAGUGCCCAACAGGGCGUGGCGCUGGACAACAGCACAAGUACUUCCCAACAGGAGUUGCAAUCGUACGCUCAACAGCAACAGCAACAACAACAGCAACAACAACAGGGCCAAGUUCAACAACACCAACAGCAACCGCCAACAUGCCACAGUCCUGCUCACUACAUUUAUCAGCAACCGCACAGCCCUGUGCCGCCACAAAGUCCGAAAGCGACGCAGUCUCACCAUCAACAUCAGCAACAACAGCAACAACAACAACAACAGCUCAAUUCCUUAGCAUCUUAUAGAACGUCGCAACAAGUUCACAGGCCCUCGCCUCAAUCUUCACCGAGUCUCACUGUUCAAGGAAGUCCGUUGAGUUACAGCAAUAAUCCAUCGGCUCCGUCGAGUCCAACGGGACACUCAGUACAGCCGAAUCUCACCUCUGAAACAAUAGAUCAAAACAGUUAUUACAUAAAUCAAGCACAGGCGACCGCGCUGCAACAAACCUUCGAACAAUUCAACAUGGGAGUGAAAUCGGGAUGGGCACAAGUGAUACAACAGCUUAUGGAAUCCGGUUGGGCGACUCAGGCAGAGAUCGACUCGACCGUGGAUCCAAAUUCUAUGAAUGCCUACAUCGGAUCACCGAAUCAUACGACCAAUUAUGCGACGAACGACAUGAUCAACGUUGGCGGUGACCUUGGGAGCAGCGACGCUGGUUACUUCAGCACGAGCCCGCAAAUGGCGUAUCAGCCAAGAACACCGACGACUACGCAACAAUUGACUCCGCAAACACCAAAUACGCCUACAAUCAUACUCACCGAUUUUUCGGGCACGGAUGAUUUGACGAGUUCCGAAUUCGUCAAGGAUCUCGGACCGUCGAUGACCGGCGAUUUCGAUCCAGAUUUGUUCACGUCGGACGACGCGCUCAGACAAGGCCUCGGACCAAUCGAUUUGGACGGCUUGCAAAUGCUCACCGAUCCUGACAUGGUCAUAUCCGAUGCAAAUGCGGAGGAUCACUUUAGGUUAGAUCGCCUCUAAGCGACCAAUUUCCCAAAGCGGAGUGAGAGAAAACGCACUUCGAGAGGGGAGAGAAAUAAAAUCGGGCGAAUGAAUGAUGAAACAAAAAUAGAGAUUUUAUUUAAAUUCAAAAGCGAAUCCAAACGCUUCGGAGUUAUUGUUUUAGAUCUGAAUGAAAUACGAUUCGAAACAAGUGGCCAUUCGUUGAUGAACGUGCGACGAUUUUCAUUCGAAGUAACUCGAAAUAAACGUGCUUUUCGAGGACGAGAGUGACACUGACGACAGAAAAAAUUCACCAUUUUUUCUUGAUACUAUAAACGACUGAGAGGGCGCGUUAUUUCGAGUUCAAAUCGAGUCUAUUCGUCGACGACCACGACGAUUUAAUUAAGGGGACAAGGGAAACAUGGUUCUCGGUCGUUUUUGCGCUUCCAACGUGGCAACCCUCAAAUUAAUAACGAAUCAAUUGAAAAAAGAAAAAAACAACAAAAGAAUUUUCAAUUUCAAUUACACAACAAGUAACGAAAAAUUGUAACAACUUCUCAGUUGGAAAUGCAUUUGCGAGCCAAUGAACUCAAAACCCGUUCGUGAUAAAAUUGUUGAUUCAACUUUAUAUUAUUCAAUACAAAUGUUUAUCGACCUGUUUUUAUCUUUAUUUUAUACUACUUUGUACAUUGUAUCGUGUAUGAUCUCUGAAAAACAAAAAGCACAAAAUAAUACGGAAUAAUAGAAGGAAAAUGAGAAGAAAAAAAAGAAAACACGAGAGAAAUAGAAGAUUUAUUAGAGGAAAUGAAACGUCAACUGAUUUUUACAUACUUUCAUCGUGUUGCGCGUUAUUUUAGUAAACAUUUUCGCGAGCGUGGGCGUGUGAGUGCGUGUGUGCGUGUGUGUAUUUGUGUUCGAUCUCGAUAUUUCGGGUGCAUAAUCACUCUUAAUAGAAGACGGGCUCGUCCAACAACUUUUUUUUUUUAAUGCUUGUAGUACGCAUAAAUACACACACGAAUAGUACAUGUAAUUUUUCAUAUCAAAGCUAAAAGCAUCCAACUCUAUUUUCAUUUUUUUGCCUUGUGGGAAUAGUGACUAAUCCAAAGGAUUCAAAACCGUUGAAAAGUGCAAUUUUUAUCGCCAAUCAUGGAGCAAAACGAUGGUCAAUUUCUCCAUCAACUUCCAAAUCUUAUCCAACCGUUAUCAUUGAAUUAUCCAAAUUUUCUGAAUGAUCGAUAAUCACGGUUCGCUGCAGGCACGAAUUUCCCUUGAUUUUAGAGCAAUUUUCAUUGUAAUUUUACAAUAUGUCAAUUGAAAAUGAUGAAUGCCAUUUUUUAACGCUAUUUUAAACGAACUAUACGUUGAUUACGUAUUUAAAAAAAAAAUUAAGUCCAAAUUAAAUAAUCAGUGAUAAUUCUUCAUCAAAAUGACUGAAAUUCAUUUGUAAACGAAAUUGUCGCAUAUUUUGCUCUAUGCUUGUGGCGUAAUAAUGAUUGACGAUGUAAAAUACAUCAUGACAGAGUAUAUAAGAAAUGUUGAGAGAUGAUAGAAUUUUUUGUUCACCGUUGUGACGAAUUUACGUUGAUAUUUCAAACUUUAUGGAACGCGUUAAUGUGCCCUGAGCUUCGACAACCGUUUGAUUAUAUUUUUCCAACGCGCAGAGAAUUGUUCAGCGUUUUACUGUCUUUAUCUAAAUGAUCAAUUAGGCCAAAUCGCUGUGUUAGAUAAUUCGCAUUUUUAUUUCGUCUGAGUUUGAACGGAAUAAAAUGUGGUCAAGGCGAAGAGAGAUUUUCGUUUGGUGUGAAACGAUGAAAAGAAACACACAGGCCGUCAGUGAAAUCGACCGAGAAAAUUGUGUAAGCUAGAAAAAGGUAAAUGUGAACGGUACGUAGAUGCUCGCGUGUACCCUCCGCCGCGAUUGUCAAUUGUUUUUUGAAAGUAAUACGUUGUACUUUGUAUACAUUGAAUAGUUGUUAAUUCGACGAUCGAAGUUAGAGCUAAAAAAUGUGUGUAUCGUGUAUGAAGAAUUUAAACAAAGUUGUAUGCAUGUGAAUGGACAGAAAUGGGUCUCGACAAAGACGAAAUUUACGGUGAAGAGAGCAGCCAGAGAAAACUAAAGAAAAGCGUGGAAAAAAAAACAUUUGUAUCUGUAUACGAUCUUUAAAUCGUCAUGCCAUUUAAAUUUAUGUCUCUGUAAACGUUUAAGAAUUUCCCUAAUCAGUGUAAGCCAAACGUUUAAACGGGUUAUAGCCCGUCGCCCGUGUCAGGGGAAACGUCACUCUGGAGCCGCGAAGGAAUUCUCAAACAUUCUGCAAAACAUUGAUGGAAAAGAAUUUUCAAUUGGAGGAAAAAUGAAUUUUGAUGAUUUAUUUAGUGAUAAAACACUCGUCAGUUUCUCAACGAACGAAACAUAAUUCGAUUAUUUGAAUUGGAGAAUUUUAGAAAUGUUUUAUUACCGUUCGAGGUUUUUCAUUGAAAUAUUUCGACGGAGAAAAAUGAAAGAGAAAACCUUCGUUGCUCGGUGCGCGAAGCCCUGCCGGAGAUCGUUUAUUUCCCUAAACAUUCAAACGACUUGUACGCCGAAGAAUAAAAUCCGCAACGAGUCUUCUCAUGCGAAAAAGAGGCUGAAAGAUAAAAUUCGUUGUGGAAACGCACACACAAACACGAGACAAAGUUUUUCUUCGUCGCUCCCCUGCGAAUCGCCUACGAACUACGACAUGUGUAUAUUAUUCGAUUGUACAUAUAUACGUGCUAGAAUUUUUUUUUAGAGUACUCCACACUCGUUAAUGUCCAAAUGUUUCCUUCUCUUUUAUCUCCUGUUUUUUCAUUCCUCGACAUAUCUCGUAAUUUGAAAAUAUUCUUCAUAAUAAGUGUGAGAGAAAAGAAUAUAAAGAAAAAAAAAAAAUGUCAGUAAUCGUUCUUAAAUAAAGUAAAACGUAAGAUACGUUUGAUGUUUCGAAGAUUUUUAGAUAUUGAAAAUAAUGACAAAAGAAAAAGAAAAAAAAACCAAACUCAAAUCGCUUAAUGAAUAAAUUACAAUGAUAAAAUCGUUUAUCGUGUAACUGUCGAAUUUUUUGAAGGUGCCAAAGCACCCGAAUGUGUCUCGAAUCAGCAAAAGUCAAUUAAUUCCAUUGCUCGUUUUCCUUGUCACUGUUCCCACCUUCUUUCUCCUCAUCCUUCGAUGAAAACGACGAAUUUUCAAGGCGAAGAGAAUGUGAAUGUACCACAAUAGUGCGUCUUUUAAAGAACACACUAAGAUUCCCUUUGACAAUUAAAAUAUAGCGAGUUCCAUUUCGCAGUGGAAAUAAAAUGUUUAUCUCAUUAUUUUGCGAGUUUUUCAGCACACGUGAAACUUCCUGCGCGGGCUUACGAAAAGUGGAAUUUCACGAGUUUUAAGAUCCUCCACGUCGUUUUAUUGUCUCAGUGAUCGAUUUCGUUGCGAUCACGAAAAUACACAAAACGAAAGAGAAAACAAUAUCGUCGAGCCUAAGCGUGUUCGAACGAUCGUACGGCGUUCCAAACUUUUACUUAAUCGCAGAGCCAUCGCCUACGAAUACUUCUCGCGCGAAAGACUGAAAUUGCCUUUUACUUAGUUGUAAGUCGAUUUCAUGUGAUGAAAGAACACAAUUUGUAACAUCCAUCAAAUAAUCGAUAUUUCCCGCCAGUUAUUUCACGUUUGCUGACAUCCAAAGUUUAUUCUUUUCAAUUAAAUCCUCCCUUCAAAUCUCUCAUUUCAAUAACAUUACAUCCAGCACGAUUCCUUUUCCUUAAAUCUCUUAUUUUCCAUACGAAAAUCUCAUUUUUCGCACACGUCGUUCUUUUUUGCUCAACGAGCCUCCCCUCAUUGUUCCCUAGUAAGUUCGAUCAUGAAUGUCAAAGAAAAAAAAAAACAACAAAAAAAAACAACAAAAACAUAAACGAAGCACCUAUGUAUUCCUCACACUUACCAUUCGUGUCUCGUACUGUUUAGCUAUCUAAAGUAUCAAAGAUAAACAACAAGAAAAAGAAGAAGAAGAAGAAGAAGAAG